AUGUCCAAAAUACAUAACUUAAUCUGUUAUAAGAAAAAUAAUGCACAAAAAUCGAUGUCUGCUGCUGAAGAAACAUUUGUUGGUGCUAUUGAUGAAGGCACUAGUAGUACACGUUUCUUGGUGUUUUCAUCAAAAACUCACCAGCCAAUAGCCAGUCAUCAAAUAAGUACAAAUAACAUAACUUUGCAUGAAGGAUGGGUGGAACAAGAUCCAGAGGAUAUACUUAUGAAAGUCAAAGAAACUAUAGCUGUAACAUGCGAAAAACUCAAAAUGAUGAACAUAUCACCUUCAGCUAUUGCUGCGAUAGGCGUGACAAAUCAACGAGAAACUACUUUAAUGUGGGACAAGUAUACAGGAAAACCUUUAUACAAUGCUAUAAUAUGGAUGGAUAUGAGAACACAACCAAUAGUUGAUAGAUUCAUCAACAAACGAAUUCCUAACUGCCAUACGUUAGACGAAAAAAAAAGGCAUUUACAAUUCAAAUGCGGUUUAACGAUGAAUCCAUACUUUAGUGUGUUCAAAUUAGUUUGGUUAAUGGAAAAUGUACCCGAAGUUUCAAAAGCCAUUCAAGAAGAGAGGUGUAUGUUUGGUACAAUGGAUUCAUGGCUAAUUUGGAAUCUAACAGGCGGUAUAAAUGGAGGAGUUCAUAUAACCGAUGUUACUAAUGCUUCUCGGACCAUGCUGAUGAAUAUUCACUCAUUAAGAUGGGAUAAGGCAUUGAUUGAAUUUUUUGAAAUGCCAAGCAAAUUAUUAUAUCCAGAAAUACGAAGCUGUUCGGAGGUGUACGGUCGUAUGACUGACGGACCACUAUCAGAAACACCAAUAUCUGGGUGCAUAGGUGAUCAGCAAGCUGCCCUUAUGGGCCAAAUGUGUUUUUUGGCAGGUCAAGCCAAGUGCACAUUCGGUACUGGGUGCUUUUUGUUGUACAACACUGGUCGUAAGCCAGUGAUUUCAACUCACGGCCUUUUAACUACCGUGGCUUACAAGAUGGGCAAACAAACCGAUCCCAUUUAUGCGCUUGAAGGAUCAGUGGCUGUAGCUGGAUCUGCUACAAAGUGGUUGAAAGAUAAUCUAUGUAUCGUGGAUAGUUUCAAGAACAUGGAGGUAAUGGCCGAUAGUGUUGAAGACACAAAUGGAAUUCAUUUUGUUCCUGCUUUUUCUGGACUUUAUGCACCAUAUUGGAAAAGUGACGCACGUGGAACUAUCACAGGGUUGACUAUGGAGACAACAGACGCACAUUUAAUGCGAGCAACUCUCGAAGGAAUCUGUUUCCAGACAAAAGAUGUUAUGCAAUCUAUGCAGUCAGACACUGGUCAUCCUAUUACAGCAUUGAAUGUUGAUGGCGGUAUGUCUACUAGCGAUACAUUUUUGAAGAUUCUCACAAAUGUUUGUUGUCUUCCUGUUGUGCGCCCUAAAAUGGUGGAAACUACAGCUCUAGGCGCUGCUCUGGCAGCUGGUUUUGCUGUUGGUAUAUGGAGUAUGCACAGUGUUCAAUCAAACUGUGACACUUUUAUUCAGACUUUAUCAGAAGAAGAACAAAAAUCCGAGUACAUUUUGUGGAAAAAAGCAAUAGACCGGAGUAUAGGUUGGAAUAAAGAUGAUGAAGAAAAUGAAUAUGAUGAUUUUGAUGGUUUUUAG